CUCGCGGUGACGUCAUCGGAACUCCGCUGCGCCCGCGCGUCUUCGCGGUACAAACAACAGUUAAGUUAGUUGAACGACUCAGCGUAUACGUAUCUGUAGUCACAACACGCGAGGGAUAAUUUCUAACGCUUAUUGAGUGUUCAAGCGAAAACCGGUGUGUCAUUACAAAGAUUAAGUAUGUGAUAUCGAACUUUUCGAUUCCAGCGGUAAAAUGUCUACCAGCCCUGACCAUCAGUCUCCACCAGGUGUGGUGGAACUUCGUGAGGAUGUGCCGUUGAAGUCGAGUGGAACUGCUCCUCGGACCUGUGCUAAUGGUCCACGGUUUAUUAUCGCGGCUUUCGCAGCACUAUCAGCUGCGAUCACAAUUGCUUUGCUUACACAAAUCUACUACGGAGAUUAUGAGGUGGUUCCCCACGGCUCAGUUUCAUCUUCAGCUGCAGAAUGUUCACGGUCUGGUGCACUUGUGCUGCGCCAUGGAGGUGGGGCCAUAGACGCCACAGCCACCGCCGCCCUCUGCCUUGCUAUAUUGGCUCCACACCGAACUUCUCUAGAUGCGAGUGGAGCACUUGUUUACUGGGAGUAUCGUUUAUCACAGACACAGUUGCCCACAAUUAUAGAAUGGGGCGGCCCUACAACACCAGCUGUGAAUACCACAGGAACGAGUAUUGCGAGGCCACCGCGCCUGCUCGUGGCCUUAGCAGCACUCCAUGCACGGUAUGGUGUCUUGCCAUGGGCUGAUGUUCUACAGCCAGCUAUUGAUAUAGCAAGGACUGGAAUCACUAUCCCCGAAGCGCCGCUGUUACCAGAUGGCACGCAUGCUGGUGGAAACUCGCUGGCUAUUGCUGACUACUUGGAGACAUUUAAACAUAACACUAGUACUGCGUUGUGUGGGUUGUGGCGUUGUGACGUCACGUCGCGGCCGGGCGUCGGCGAGCGCGCAGGGCCGUGGCGCGUGUACGCCGGCGGUGCGGGCGGGGCGAUCGCGGCGCGCGCGCUAACAGCGCUUGGCGCUAACGACAGCAUUGCGGAUCCUACCAAGAGUGUGGUGAGCUCGCUGCAGGUGGCGGCGGCGGGGGCGGGGCAAGCGGGCGCAGGGGCGUGGCCCGGCGGCGUCGCCAGCGGGCUCGCCGUCGUCGACCCGUCAGACACAUACGUCGCGCUCGUCACUGGGCUGUCUAAGCCGUUCGGCUCGGGCGUGCCUGCGGGCGGUGCGGGCGCGUGGACGCCGGACGAGCCGACCGCGCCGCUCGACCUCGCACCCGCCAUCAUCGUACAGCCUGAUGUGUGCGGCACAAGAUACAUACUGGGCGCGGAGUCCGCAUCAGCGUUAGCACAGGUGGCGGCUGCGGCGCUGACAGGCGCGGGCCCCGUGCGGGCGGUGGAGGGGCCCCGUGCUGAGGUGCUGCCGGGCGGGGCCCUGCUGCCUGACCCUGACCCCGCUGCCCCCGCCGCCCCCGCGCCCGCAGUCAACCUCAUACAGCAACAGGGGGACGCUCUGCUGUCGCAUGCUGACUCGCGCGGCGGGGGACUGGCUGAACGCUUUUAGGUGUCUGACUUGUCGUUUAUAAGGUUAUAUUAAAACAAGUAAGGACUUUCGCUCAUUUCAGUGACACGGGAGUCUUUAAACGGACUACUGCAAUACAAAAUAUUUGUUCGUGAAUGUGCAUCUCCAUUUGAUUGUGUUGCUUUAGUGCAACUUAAGACUGUCGUGUCGCAUGAGAUAGAAGAGAGCCCUUACAUAGUACUCGUACUAUCAGGGAAGUUGAUUCAUAGGCAGAUGCAAACCUACGUAAUUUGGUUGCGUUAUCACAAACCCAGCCGACAUUAUCACGACUAAUAUUGCAUUGACACAACUCGACGAAAAUGACGUAGGUCCGCUAUCUGCCUUUGAAUCAAUUUCUUCGAUGGUAGGUAUAUAAAAUUUGCGACCGAAAAAUUACUAUACUGUCAGAUAAAAUGUAUUUAAUACCAUCAAAGUUAUUAUUGUCUCUAUGAAUGUGUUGAGCAUCCUCACAUAUUGCGCUUAUUAAUUUUGACCAAGUUAACUUUUAUAAUUAAGUUAUAACUCUAGGACAAUGCAGUAAAUUAGUGACUAAUACAGUUAUAACAGAAUAGAUUAUUAUUAUUUAAAAUUAUAUACUUAAUAGUUUUAAACAAA